AGCUUUUUUUGGUUUCACAAGUACAGACAGUGAAAAAAACGAGCCGCAGAAGAACGUCUGCUUUGUUUACAUCAGGAGGAUGUGGCAUAAUUGAGACUGUCCUGUCAGUAUGGCUCAGGCUUUCCGUGUAUGACAACUACAACUUAGACAUCAACUAAGCAGGAGCCAUGGGCGCAUUAACUGGUCUUUCUGUGCUGUUCUGGGUGUUGUUUUGCCCGCUGGUGUCCAGUGAACAGGUUGCAUUCGUAGAGGUGUUUCUAGAAGAUCAUCAGGAUGUUUUACAGGGUGAGUUGGUCCAAGGCAGUCUGGAGAACGACCCCACGGAAAACCACAACAAAAAGAAACCUGACCUCAAAGGAGACCUCGUAUUAAUAAAAGAUGAAGCUCUUGAAACUAAUAGUGAAAACAGUGACGGUCAGGAUCAGAACCCUUGGAUUGGAGUGGUACCUGUGCAAAUGGAGGAAGGCACGGUUUCUAGUAACAGCAACCAGGAGUCUUUUGCUGCCUCCAUGGUUAAUAAGAUGAAGCGCGCUCUUGUUUUUGGUGCAUCUGCUUUGAUCAUACUGGCCUUAAACCAGAAUACUGUCCGAGAGAUGGAUCUCUCUCAGGUCCUCUCUAAGCCAAUUAUUGUUAUUCAAACAUCAGAAAAUGUCACCAAGCUCAUUGGAGCACUGCUUAGGGGCCUUCAUGCAACUGCAAAAAUCACUUACAAAUCUUUUCUACAGGAUAGCCUGGGGGCCACCCUGACCCUUUGGUCCAGCUGUGGGCGAUCAAGAAGUGGGCUAUAUGGAGAGUGGCAGGGGGUCAUUUGCACCGGGGAGAACAACUCUCAGGUUCAAAUAUACCUCCAGCAGCUGUGGAACACUGUCGUUCUGGUGGCCCUCGUCCUCUCCACAGGUGUCAUAGUUCAAGCACGCUGGCAGUACCAGGACAACCAGUUUAAUGAUGAUUCAGAGUCACACCUCAAGCAGGACAUUUUAAAAAGAUUAUCAGCACUGAAAACUAGGACGUACCGGCAGCCUAAAGUGAGAUGUGACCCAACACUUACUCAGCCUGUAGAGACAGACAAUUGUGCUGUUUGUCUGGAACAGUACAACAACAACCAGUGUUUGAGGGUGUUGCCGUGCCUCCAUGAGUUCCACAGAGAUUGUGUGGAUCCCUGGCUACUCCUGCAGCAAACCUGUCCUCUCUGCAAACGCAGUGUGCUUGGUAAUUUUUACUGAGCUGCAUCUGGAUGGAUUCUGGACUAGGGAUUAGUGGAUUUGAGUGGUUCUGAUGUUUCAUGGCAACUUUAACCCUCUUAUGUACUGUAAGGUCAGGAUGCUUCCAUGGUGAUGAUCUUUGACCUCUCUGAAGACUAUGAACCUUGACUUAUAAAAUUACUCCAAAAGACAGGACUAGAACCUGGUCUGAGAAGUUCUAUGAAGGUAGGUCCUUGUAUAUGGGAUCAGAUUAUUUCUCCACAUUAUAGUUACAUUUGUUCAAGCAGCUCGGCAAUUAUCUGAUCCUACACUAACACUAAAGUCAAAUGAACAGCAACAUUUGUUUUUAAAUGUUUCAGAAAAUCUCUUCAGAUUAAGAAGGAAUCAUACAUACUAAAAUCUCAAGUUUUUGUUUAAACAAGGGUGAGGGGAUGGGAUGAGUCUGGGUUUGCUAAAGGAAUUAUUUAAGCAAAAAUAAAAAGUUCUCAUUUAAUCUUCUUUGUGUUGUUUCUAAAGCUGCAUGACUUUCUUCCGUGGAACACAAAAUCUUUAAGGUUGAAUGUUAGUGUCAGUCACCAUAUACUUUCAUUGCAGUUUUUCCCAUGUAAUUCUGUAUACCAUCUCUUUUGUGUUCCAGAGAAGAAAGUCAUUUGGGUUUGGAAAAACAACAUCAGGGUGAGUAAAUGGUGACAGAAGUUUCAAUUUUGGUGAACGAUUCUCUCAUCCUUUAAAAUACAUACGCCAAAUAGCAUUCAAGCAUUGCAUACUUACUCAGUAUGAUACAAAUGCAUGAAAGGAUAAGCAUCAGUACUUCAACAAAUUAAUAACUACUGAUAAAAACUAUAAUGAGAACAGCAGGGAGAGUGACUGUCAAAAUGUUACUGUCACUUUUUAAGAGGAUAUGCUGUAGGGGUUGCAUGACUACUGAUUUUUAAUAGUCGACUAGUCAAGCUAAUUAGACAAGUCAAAUUCGACUAGCCGUGACGUCAUCCAUAUUUGAUUGUAGCCUGGACUACUUGUAGCUGCAGGUGGUUCCCCUCCUCUUGCAGCUGCUUGUUUAGAUGAUUGCGGGCGGACAUGGUAUCUAACGUGCAGAAUGGGGAUGCAUUUCACCUUGUCAUCAUAUUCCAACUUGAAGCACUUUACUAACGGUCACCGAAUUGUGUUAUUGAAGGAACGAACCGCAACCAGGUCAGAAAGUUGUUCUGAUGAUCAUGUUGAAAAUCACCAACUAGCUCCAGCUGGCGCCUUUUUUAAUAGAUUUGCACAGCACUGGUAUUUCUGUUAUAUUUGAAGGCCACUUAUAUAUUGGAGGUUACGGUAUCAUCUGUGUCAUCUUCAUUAAAGCAUAUUUGAGCCACUUCGCUUUUUCAGUGCAGAGGCAUCAGUCUCCACACCCGCUGGAAAGAGUCCAAAAUGUAGUAUGCAUGGGAAGUGUAAUUUAUAUUCAUGAGUAAAGCGAUAACUGAUUCCAUGAUUCAGUAAUAUUCAUCAGCAAAGCGCAACCUGAUUGGCCAGAUAAGCUAUAGCCUAACUCUUAAACCUAACCCUAACAAAUCAGGUAGAGCUUUCCUCACUAAAAAUAAAGGAGUCUUUCCUACCAUCCUAUGUUUUGGAAAUCCACCAACUGCUGUAUUUCCUACAUGCACAUCUUAUAAAUCAUGUGGAAAAAGACUAGUCGACUUCAGACCUAGUGUCGACUGCAGUAGUUAUAAUCGACUAGUCUAUGCAACCCCUAAUAUACUGGGACAAUAAUAGAACAUGGUAAAAUAGAAUCACAAGGCAGCCAAACAGAAUAUUCAGGGGGCGUUCACACUUUGCUGCAACAAAACAACCAGAAGUCAUUAAUUAUCAACGAGUGACAGAAAUUCUUGGCGAUGCUACAAAGAUGAGCAGAGUUCAACUUAAUGCACAGUGAUGGUGAAGCUCCACUGGAUACCAUUGGAUUCUGCAGUUAAUUGCAACCAACCGUUUAGUGACUUCUGUGAUCUCCAGUCACCAUUUAAACUGAAAGCGAUUAUAGGGAUAGUUCACAAAAAUGAGAAUUCUGUCAUCAUUUACUUACAUGUCGUUCCAAACCUUUAUGACUUACUUUCUUCAGUGGAACCCAAAAGAAGAUAUU